UCUCUCUCUCAAUCUUUUCAACUUCUGUAGUCUCUCUGCCUCUUUCGCUCUCUCUCAUUGUUAAAGAGAAAACACAGACAAAAAAAAAAAAAAAACUGGCAUCAACCCAUCAUGAGGAGCUCUUUUCCUCUUUCCGACGGUGGAAGAUCGGAGACUGAUCGUCGUCAUCCUUCGUUUCCCUCAUCCUCCACGAACCGUUGUUACUCUCGCUCUCCACAGUAUUCUCCGCCGCUCAAUCACCGUCCUCCUACUUGGAACCACCAUCAGCAUCACUCUCACUACCCUAACCCCAAUUUCCCGCCAAAUGACAGACGCGAUCGGGUUACCUCGCCGGUAAUCUCUUCUACUAGGCCCAAUUUCAUCGUUCAGCUACUUCACCCGAGGAUUAACGCCGCCGCUAAGAGGGAAGAGAUCAAGAGUCUCGCUUUGCUCUGCGAAAUCCCGGAGGAGUCUGUUCAUGUGCCUCAGUUCGGUUGUGUCGCCGGAAGUUUCAGUUUUCGUCAGUGGGUCGAUGCGCGUUCCGCCGUCGUGGCUCUUUGGGAGUAUCGGCUUCGAGGGGAGCAUGAUUUUGUUCCUGAGCUGAUUCCUAAUGUUGUUGUUCCUUCUGAUAUGGACGAGCUUAAAGACAGGCUUCGUGAUCUUUUCUCGGCUCAUGUGAUUUCGCUUAUGGAGAACGGAGUAGGCGUCAAGAAGGUGGAAACUGAGAUUGAUGAGAAGAAUCGUCAAGUUGAGUCCUUUUCGUCUAAAAGGGGUCUUAAAUUUGAGGUUUUUGAGAAAAAGAAGGCUGUUGAGUCGGAGAGAUAUUUGGUCGUGAAGCGGCUUGAAGAAUUCAAGAAUGCUAUGAAGAGCAUUGUGAGAUUCCUCAAAGGAAAAGACGGGUAUGAGUCUGAUGGUAAGGAAGAAGAAGAUGUGGCCGUGUUUAGUUUGGAAGGGGCUUAUGAUUGGAGACGUAUUCAUUGUUUGAUUCGUAGGGAGUGUAGAAGGCUAGAGGAUGGACUGCCUAUAUAUUCCUAUCGCCGGAAUAUUUUGAGGAGGAUUCAUGGUGAACAGAUAACGGUGUUAAUUGGAGAAACUGGUUCAGGGAAGAGCACUCAGUUAGUUCAGUUCCUUGCUGAUUCUGGAGUUGCUGCUGGUGAGUCGAUUGUUUGUACACAACCACGGAAAAUUGCUGCCAUGACAUUGGCUGAUCGGGUCAGAGAAGAAAGCAGUGGUUGUUAUGAGGAAAACACUGUCCGUUGUACUCCAACUUUUUCAUCUACGGAGCAGAUUAGUUCCAAAGUUGUAUUCAUGACAGAUAAUUGUCUGCUUCAACACUACAUCAAUGAUAGGAGUUUAUCUGGCAUUUCAUGCGUUAUUAUCGAUGAAGCCCAUGAAAGAAGCUUAAAUACAGACCUUCUUCUCGCAUUGCUCAAGGAGUUGCUAUGCACAAGGGUUGACCUAAGGCUUGUUAUCAUGUCUGCCACGGCUGAUGCCUGCCAACUUUCAGACUAUUUCUUCGGUUGUGGAAAAUUUCUGGUCAAUGGGAGGAACUUUCCGGUGGAGAUUGUAUAUUCCCCUUGUGACACAGAGGAGACUUCUGUUGUUGGCGGCAUUGCUACAUAUGUUGGUGAUGUUGUUAAGAUGGCUGUGGAAAUACAUAAAACAGAGAAAGAAGGAACCAUCCUUGCAUUCUUGACUUCCCAAGCCGAGGUAGAAUGGGCAUGCGAAAGAUUUAUAGCUCCAUCUGCAGUUGCUUUGCCUUUGCAUGGAAAGCUUUCAAUGGAAGAACAAUUUAGGGUUUUCCAGAACCAUCCUGGGAAACGAAAAGUGAUAUUUGCCACAAAUAUUGCAGAGACGUCACUGACUAUUCCUGGUGUCAAGUAUGUAAUUGAUUCCGGGAUGGUGAAAGAGAGUAAAUAUGAACCGAGAACGGGUAUGAGCAUCCUCAAGGUGUGCCAGGUCAGUCAGAGUUCUGCUCGACAACGUGCUGGUCGUGCUGGAAGGACAGAACCUGGAAGAUGUUACAGACUGUACUCAAAAAACGAUUUUGAUUCAAUGAGUCUUAAUCAGGAACCUGAAAUUCGGAGGGUCCAUCUUGGUGUAGCACUUUUGAGGAUUCUUGCUCUGGGUGUAGACAACAUAGCAGAUUUUGACUUUGUUGACGCACCUGUCCCGGAAGCCAUUGCAAUGGCUGUCCAAAACCUUGUUCAGCUGGGUGCCGUCGUAAAGAAAAAUGGUGUUCUUGAAUUAACACAGGAAGGGCAUUGUUUAGUCAAGCUGGGUCUGGAGCCAAAGCUUGGAAAGUUAAUUUUAGGCUGCUUUAGAUACAGAAUGGGCAAAGAGGGGAUUGUUCUUGCUGCUGUCAUGGCUAAUGCCAGUAGUAUAUUUUGCAGAGUUGGCAACUUCGAUGAUAAGAUGAAAGCUGAUCGCCUAAAGGUGCAAUUCUGCAAUCAUAAUGGAGACCUGUUCACUCUUCUUUCGGUGUACAAAGAAUGGGCAUCUCUGCCACGAGAGAGAAGAAAUAAAUGGUGCUGGGAAAAUAGCCUGAAUGCCAAAUCAAUGAGAAGAUGUGAAGACACAGUCAAGGAACUGGAGAUAUGCAUUGAGAGAGAACUUACUCUUGUCAGUCCUAGUUACUGGGUUUGGAAUCCAAGUGCGGGUACUAAACACGACAAACAUUUGAAAAUGGUUAUACUUGCAUCUCUUGCAGAAAAUGUGGCGAUGUACACUGGCUAUGAUCAGCUUGGAUAUGAGGUGGCAUUGACUGGUCAACAAGUUCAGUUACAUCCAGCGUGUUCAUUGCUAGCAUUCGGCCAAAAGCCAAGCUGGGUUGUUUUUGGUGAACUUCUAUCGAUUGUGGACCAGUACUUGGUAUGUGUAACUGCAUUUGAUUUUGAGGCUUUGUAUACGCUUGAUCCACCACCACCUUUUGAUGCAUCUCAGAUGGAUGAGCGGAGGCUCCGAGUGAAAAAAGUGGUUGGUUGUAGCAGCACUGUGCUAAAACGAUUUUGUGGGAAAUCUAAUCGUAGUCUGCUUUCAAUUGUUUCUCGUGCUAGGUCUCUCUGUAGGAAUGAAAGGAUUUGUAUUCAAGUCGAUGUUGAUCAGAAUGCGAUUCUCCUGUAUGCGCCUCCACUCGACAUGGAAAAAGUGUCAGCCCUUGUGAACGAUGCAUUGGAAUGUGAAAAGAAAUGGAUGCGUAAUGAAUGUUUGGAGAAGUAUCUAUUUCAUGGUCGGGGACAAGUACCUAUUGCACUGUUUGGAUCUGGUGCUCAGGUAAAGCAUCUUGAAGUUGAUCAGAGAUUUUUGACAGUCGAUGUACUUUAUUAUGGCGACAAUGCUGUUGAUGACAGAGAGCUUCUGAUGUUUCUGGAAAAGAGGAUUGAUGGGUGUAUUUGCUCUAUUCAUAAGUUUUCUGCAAACAAACAAGACUGUGAUGAGAAGGAGAAGUGGGGAAGACUAACCUUUCUCUCGCCUGAAUCUGCUAUGAAGGCAGCAGAAAUUCAGAAAUUUGAUUUCAAUGGAUCAGUUCUUAAAUUAUUUCCAUCGCUGUCAACUAGUGGAGGAAUGUUCAAGAUGCCUUAUUUCCCUUCCGUGACAGCUAAGAUUCUGUGGCCGCGAAGGGAAAGCACUGGUAGAGGAUGUCUUAAGUUCCCUUCCGGAGAUAUUCACAGUAUAUUUGGUGGGAUCUCCAACCUUGAGAUAGGAACAAAUUCUGCUCAUAUUCAAAGAGAUCAAAAGUCCAAUGAUUCUAUCUUGAUAAGUGGGCUUGACAGUGAUCUUUCGGAAGCAGAAGUUUUAGAUGUUUUGGAGUUGAAAACUGGGAUUAGAGAUCUGAAUUUUUUCAUUUUCAGAAAAAACAGUGUGCAGUGUCCAUCUCCUACUGCUUGCGAAGAAGAGUUGUAUAAGAGAAUAUUUGCGCAUAUGUCAGCAAGGAAUCCAGAGCCAAACUGUGUCAAAGUUCAAGUUUUUGAACCAAAAGAAAAAGAUUAUUUCAUGCGAGCAUAUAUUACUUUUGACGGGAGAUAUCAUUUGGAAGCUGCAAAAGCUUUGCAGGAGUUAAAUGGACAGGUGCUACCUGGAUUUCUUCCAUGGCAGAAGAUUAAGUGUGAACAAUUGUUUCAGAGCUCCAUAGUCUGCUCCUCUUCUAUCUACAACACUGUCAAAAGACAGUUGAAUGUUUUAUUAGCAAGCUUUGAGAGACAACGAGGGGGUGACUGGCGUCUGGAACCAACUCAUAACGGUGCUUAUCGUGUUAAAAUUUGUGCUUAUGCAACAAGACCCAUUGCAGAGAUGCGAAGAGAACUUGAAGAACUCGUAAGAGGAAGACCCAUAAACCAUCCAGGCUUAACCCCUAGAGUCCUGCAGCAUCUUAUGUCCAGAGAUGGUAUUAAUCUGAUGCGGAAGAUCCAACAGGAGACUGAAACUUACAUUGUAUUAGACAGGCACAAUCUCACAGUACGCAUUUGUGGAUCAAGUCAGAAAAUUGCCGAGGCUGAACGAGAACUGGUUCAGUCACUUGUGGCUUAUCACGAGAGCAAGCAACUUGAAAUCCAUCUCCGAGGUCCUGAUAUCCGUCCUGACCUCAUGAAGGAAGUGGUGAGGCGGUUUGGUCCCGAGCUCCAAGGUAUCAAAGAAAAGGUACAUGGUGUGGAUCUGAAGCUCAACACCCGGUACCAUGUUAUUCAGGUUCAUGGGAGCAAAGAAAUGAGGGAGGAAGUACAAAAGAUGGUCAAUGAACUUGCACGAGAAGAGAGUGCAAUGGGUGAAAAACCAGAUGACAUAGAAGUUGAAUGCCCCAUUUGCUUGUCUGAAGUCGAAGAUGGCUAUUCUCUUGAAGGAUGUUCACAUCUCUUCUGCAAAGCUUGUUUGUUGGAGCAAUUUGAGGCAUCGAUGAGAAACUUUGACGCAUUCCCAAUACUUUGUUCUCACGUUGACUGUGAAGCUCCAAUAGUACUAGCUGAUAUGAGAGCCCUCUUAUCACAACAGAAGCUCGAUGAACUCUUCCGAGCAUCCUUGUCCUCCUUUGUAACAUCUAGCGACGGAAAGUUCCGGUUUUGCUCCACACCUGAUUGCCCUUCCGUCUACCGUGUAGCUGGACCUCAAGAAUCGGGAGAGCCAUUCAUCUGUGGAGCAUGUAACGCAGAAACAUGCACAAGGUGUCACCUCGAGUAUCACCCGUUAAUCACAUGUGAAAGGUACAAACUGUUCAAGGAAAAUCCGGACUUGUCGCUACAGGACUGGGCAAAAGGGAAGGAUGUGAAGGAGUGUCCGAUUUGCAAGUGCACGAUAGAGAAAACUGAUGGGUGUAACCAUCUGCUGUGCCGUUGUGGAAAGCACAUUUGCUGGACUUGCUUAGACGUCUUCACUCAAGCAGCAUCUUGUUAUGCCCAUUUAAGGACAAUUCAUGGCGGAAUCGGCGGGGUUGGUGAUCUCGUGGAUCUUGAUAUCCCCUUAGCAGAGUUCGGUUUUCCAAUCGAUAUCCCCAGGCCUUGAAACCAGACUAGACCUGACCGGAGUACCCAUGUAUCUGGUUUUGCUUCAUGUGUACAUAUGUGAAUAUAGUGUAGUUCGGUACCUAAUUAUACCUUCCUUAACCAACUCAAAACCGAUCAUAAUA